AUGACUAUUGAGCUAAUCGUAUCAGCAAAAGGCAAAAACGAAAUUUUGUUAGAAAGAGCUCCUUCAACGUUAGAAGAGCUCAGAGAGAAAUGCAGCUCCGUCUACAAAAUCCGCGGAGAAUCAAUAUCGUUCCAAUAUAAAAUCCUAAAAGAGCGAUAUCCGAUUCUCAACAAUAAAACAUACACAACUCUAAUAAGUUCAAAUCUUGGUACAGUAAUAAUUCGCGCUGCAAUUUCUCGCGACUCAAAAUCUACAUGAUCAACACUCGACUCAACCAUAAGGGACAAACUAUCUUCGGCUUCCUAUUCAACAAACCCAACAAAUAAUCCAACAACUCCUCACAGCGAUUUUUCUGCGAAAUUUUCAGAAGAUUACUUAUCUAUGAUCCAGCUGGGAGAAAGCACAAUUAUCCAAAAAAGUUCAAACGACUUAAAAACUCGCCACCAUACUUUUGAAAAUGGUGAAAUUUAUAUUGGAGAGUUUGGAACGCAUUUUAUGAGAAAUGGGCAAGGCAGCCAUAAAUGGACAAAUGGAGAUUUUUAUGAAGGGAAUUGGAAAAAUGAUCGAAGGUCAGGGUAUGGAAGGAUGCUUUAUAUUGAUAGUGGAGUUUAUGAAGGCUAUUGGAAACAUGAUAAAAAGCAUGGGAAAGGAAAAUUGACGACAAAAAAUGGAAGCGUUCUUGAAGGAGUUUGGGUGUCUGAUAAACUCCAUGGGAAAGCAAUAAUAAAUUGUCCAUCAGGAGAUCUAUUUGAAGGGUUCUUUAUAAAUGGGAAGCCUGAUGGAUACGGAAAACUUAUAACACAAAAUGGCUUGUCAUACUUGCCAUAUAACGAUUCGGUUUUAAUUUAA